GUUCGAACACAUGGGGUCCAGCUGAAAGUUACACGCUUACGGGCCGGGCGACCGCCAACUUUACUUCGAUUUUACUAGCAGGUAAUGCAGCCAACCCGCCGCUGACACCCACUCAGUGACCACACAAGCAAAGUCAAGCACAUCGUUCCAAGAUAAAAUGUGGUCGUCAAACCACUAAGGUCAACAAGAGCUCGAGGGCAAGCGAACCCCCCACCAUGACUAGCAGACCCAACUUUUCAGCCUUGGUUGGAGUGGUGGCUUUUUUUUUCCUUGCUUUUCUUCGACGCCUUCCUUUUUUUCUUCAAGAAUUCCGUUUCGCCCGAGAGUUUCUUAUUGGCAAGAAGGACGGUUAUCUCGCGACCACGGGAAUCGUAAAUGGAAGAAGUCGGGCUAGAUAAAUGAUCGACACAUAAUGUGGUCGGCCUUCCAGCCUUCCGUGCUGGAGGCUGGGUACUUGGCUACUUUCUUGUGGAUACCAUUAUGAUUAUGUGCUUAGGUAGAGCCUUAGUGGGCAGCUACCACAGUGUAUCUAGUCUGUAUCUGCUUCAUGUCCAUGACUCCGUUUACGCUCAUCGCUAAGGUAGGUAGGUAGGUAGGUAGUUAGCAUGC